AUGGAUGAGAAAUGUCCCAACUUCACGGAUCAUGGCAAUAUGCACAUCAACCGACGCAAGUUCAUUCGCCUGAUACGGGAUCAAAUAGCAGUGGAUCGUGGAGAGGAUGCCGAUUGCGUGCCGCUCUACCUAUCAGGAUCACGUGGAUCCCUCUUCAAAGUCCGCCUGUCGUCACAUGGCUACACGCUUGUGGCAAAAGGCGUAGAGGCUGUGGAUGCCAAGCAUCUACGCUACGAAAACAAGAUAUACGAUCAUCUUCGGGACCUCCAGGGGAAGGUCGUUCCGGUCUGUCUCGGUACCCUUGACCUCAUCAAGCCCUACUACUAUGAUAGCGGCGUGUAUAAGUACUUCAUGCUCCUUAGUUAUGGCGGGCGACCAGUCUUGCGAGAACUGGGAGAGGUCAACGCAAGUGUCGCCAACGAGAUUCUCACUGCGCUCGGUCGAUUGCAUCAGUACCGAGUUCUCCACUGCGAUGCAGAGCUACGCAACGUGCUCUACGAUAAACGCACUGGUAGAUGUAUGAUCGUGGACUUGAUGCAGGCGGAGUCCCACGCCCGGCAACCUCUUGGGUCUAUCAACCUUAAUGGCCAAACUCGAAAGAGGAAGAGGAGGUUGACGCCAUGGAAGCAUGAGGAAGACGUCUUUACUGUCGAGAUGCAAUGUUUGCGGGCGAGUUUGUCAUAA